UUUCUUUUUUUUUAUUUUCAAGGGUGUCUUGCAUCAGCCCAGUGAGUAUGAGAGGGAACUGAGCGGAGCGAGGAAGAAAAGAUCGAAAAGGCUUGGAUUCUGUGACAGAACUGGGGACACUCACUGGAAUACUACACCGCUUCCUCUGAACAAAUGGUUUGAAAGGACAAAAACUCUUUAAAAGUUUGAAGACCCUCUGUGUGUGUGUGUGUGUGUGUGUGUGUUUGGGAUGAAGUGCCUGUGGGGGGGACACUUUCCGCUGAUCAUCCUGCUCUACCUGUUAGGAGACGUCACCUCGCAGGUUAACCCAGGUGUGUGUCGGUACCCUCUGGGGAUGUCCGGAGGACAGAUUCAGGAUGAAGACAUCUCAGCCUCCAGUCAGUGGUCUGAGUCUACAGCUGCUAGAUACGGCAGAUUAGACUUUGAGGAGGGUGAUGGUGCGUGGUGUCCAGAGAUAACGGUUGAACCAGACAGUCUAAAGGAGUUCCUCCAGAUAGACCUGCGUUCCCUCCACUUCAUCACCCUGGUGGGAACCCAGGGCCGCCACGCAGGGGGCAUCGGCAACGAGUUCGCCCAGAUGUACAAGAUUAAAUAUAGCCGUGAUGGCAGCCGCUGGAUUUCCUGGAGGAACAGGCAGGGCAAACAGGUGAUAGAGGGAAACAGGAAUGCAUAUGACAUUGUGCUGAAGGACCUGGAGCCUCCGAUCAUCGCCCGCUUCGUGAGGUUCAUGCCCGUCUCAGACCACUCCAUGAACGUCUGCAUGAGGGUAGAGCUCUACGGCUGUGAGUGGCUUGAUGGUCUGGUGUCCUACAACGCCCCAGCAGGAGAACAGAUGAGUCUGGAGGGCCAGCCUGUCCACCUCAAUGACUCGGUGUAUGAUGGAGCCGUCAUCUACAGUAUGACGGAGGGGCUAGGCCAGCUGACUGAUGGAAUGUGUGGAUUAGAUGACUUCACCCACAGCCACGUCUACAAUGUGUGGCCUGGUUACGACUACGUGGGAUGGACCAAUGAGAGCUUUCCCAAUGGAUACGUGGAGAUCAUGUUCGAGUUUGACCGCACUCGCAAUUUCACCACCAUGAAGGUGCACUGUAACAACAUGUUCAUGAAGCAUGUAAAGGCGUUCCGCCAGGUGGUGUGUUACUUCCGUUCUGAGGCUGACUGGGAGGCCACGCCCCUUUCCUUUAGUCCCGUGGUGGAUAACGUCAAUCUCAGCGCCCGCUUCGUCACCAUCUCUCUGGCCAAUCACAUGGCCAGCGCAAUCAAGUGCCAGUUCUACUUCGCUGAAGCCUGGAUGAUGUUUAGCGAAAUCACCUUCCAGUCAGACACAGCCAUGUACAACACUACCCUGGCUCCCCCCAAGACUGGCAGCAGCCCCCCCACUAGCACUCAACCAGGGGAUGACCCCACCCACAAAAUAGAUGACAGCAACACCAGAAUUCUGAUUGUCUGCCUGGUGGCCAUCAUUCUUAUCCUUGUCGCCAUCAUUGUCAUCAUCCUCUGGAGGCAGGUCUGGCAGAAAAUGCUGGAGAAGGCCUCGCGGCGGAUGCUGGACGAUGAACUAACUGCUAGUCUGUCACUACAGAGCGAGACGUUCGCCUACAGCCACAACAACCCGACAUCAUCGUCAGCACCAAGCGAGCAGGAGUCUAGCUCCACCUACGAGCAUAUCUUCCCCCUGGGCCCUGACUACCAGGAACCCUCACGACUCAUACGCAUGCUACCUGAGUUCUCCCACACCUCCGAGGAUGCCGCUUUGACCAGCACAGCAGUGACGGCCUCCAAGGCUCCCACUGCAACAGUUGCCCAGGACGGAGUCCCUCACUAUGCCGAGGCAGACAUCGUCAACCUGCAGGGCGUAACCGGGGGCAACACGUACGCGGUCCCUGCUUUAACCAUGGACCUGCUGUCAGGGAAGGACGUGGCGGUGGAAGAGUUCCCCAGGAAACUGCUCACCUUCAAAGAGAAGCUGGGCGAGGGACAGUUUGGAGAGGUCCACUUGUGUGAGGCAGAGGGCAUGAAGGAGUUUAUAGAUGAGGAUUUCUCCUUCAACAUCAGUGACAACCACCCAGUACUGGUUGCUGUUAAGAUGCUCAGAGCAGAUGCUAACAAAAACGCCAGGAAUGACUUCCUGAAGGAGAUUAAGAUCAUGUCACGUCUGAAGGACCCCAACAUCAUCCGUCUGCUGGCCGUGUGUAUCUGCAGCGACCCCCUCUGCAUGAUCACAGAGUACAUGGAGAACGGUGACCUCAACCAGUUCCUGUCCCGCCAUGAACCUGAGGGACAGAUAGCACUCAUCAGCAACGUAACCACUGUCGGCUACAGUGACCUGCGCUACAUGGCCACUCAGAUUGCCUCAGGGAUGAGGUACCUCUCCUCGCUUAACUUUGUCCACAGAGACCUGGCCACGAGGAACUGUCUGGUGGGGAAGAACUACACCAUCAAGAUUGCUGACUUUGGCAUGAGCAGGAACCUGUACAGUGGAGACUACUACCGCAUCCAGGGUCGGGCUGUGCUGCCCAUACGAUGGAUGUCCUGGGAGAGCAUACUGCUGGGUAAGUUCACCACAGCCAGUGACGUGUGGGCGUUUGGGGUGACGCUGUGGGAGACCCUGACCUUCUGUAAGGAGCAGCCUUACUCCCAGCUGACUGAUGAACAGGUCAUAGAGAACACUGGGGAGUUCUUCAGGGACCAGAAACGACAGAUCUACCUGCCCCAGCCAGUGCUGUGUCCUGACUCUUUGUAUAAGAUCAUGCUGUGUUGUUGGAGAAGGAACACCAAGGAGAGGCCUUCCUUCCAGGAGAUUCACCGAGUGCUGCUGGAAAGCCAAGCUUAGGGCCCGAACCCCUGGGCCAGCACACACACACACAGACAAACAGACAGACGGAUGAAACGCAUCAACAACACAAGCAUCGGUCUAUAAGUCAAAAGGUCAACUCGGUUCAACUUUUGAUGCACAGAAAAAUUACGAAUGGCUGUCCGUUGUCUCAGCUAGAGAAGUAAAAGUGAAAUCUAGCAAUGAAAUUUCUGCACUUUUUAAAAUGUAUCAUUUAUUCCAAAUGGUGCUAGAAAUAAGUAUAAAGUUUCCACCUUGUUUAAUGCAGUGUAAUGUAAUGCCACGUCUAUGAAUUCAAUUGUGUUUUCUUUAAGAAGACUGCUUGAAUGUAAAUCAGAUGUCUUCAUUAAGCAAACCAUCAGUGUUCAGUUUGGAGAAUUUUGAUACAUUCAUAUUUUUCUUUUGCAAGGUUAUUCAUCUCAGUCACUCUGACCGUUUCUUUGUACACUUUGCUUAGAGCCAACAGGGAUAAUGGUAAUGUAGUCAAUGCAUUAUAUGACUCUUUACAUGAUCCUGACUUACUAUCACCAAUUUUUAAUCUGUUGACAAUGUGUCAUAUAGAUAUAACAUAUCUAAUCUGUUGGCUUUGAGUAAAGAGUUACAAGUGAUGAACAAAUUCAUAACAUAGGCAAUAACCAUCAUUCGACCAUAUCUCAGCUAUAGUACUCUGUGGCAGUACACUUUGCCACAGUGUCUGCCAGUGAUAUUUGACCAAGAGUGCUCAAAGACAUUGGUGUGUAUGUACUUCAAUAGAUCUUGUUAAAUCUCAAAUAGUAAAAUUUUGUAUUGAUAUUUAUAUGUAUUGUUUAUAUUUCAGUUUGCUUUCUGUUUAUAUAUUUGGGUACUGAUCAGCUUCUUUUUGCAUGGGAAAAUUUGUACAAAGUUGUACAUUGUGCAAUUUUCUAGAUUCAGUUUUGUAGUUUUGUAUUUCGUUGAACAUCUCAAUCGAGAGUAGUUUCAGAAAAUGACAGUAGGCUUUGUUGAAUGUGAGGUGGACAAACGUUGGUUCUCAUUCAUAUUUGUGACCAAAUCACUGUCCAAAUCAGAUCGUAGAUCAGCUGCAUUACUGCUGGUCCAUGUUCAGUCCACACUGAGCAGAUUAUAAAUAAGGUGCAUUAGUGCUGGUCCAUGUUCGGUCCAUACUGAUCAGAUUAUGGUGCUAAUCAGGAUCCAGACUGGAGGGGAGAGGAUGUGCUAUGCUAACUAAGUUCUGAUGGGUCUUUGGAAAGGGAAUUGUGGGAAACGAUGCUUCUAGAGAGAAAGAUUUUUUAAAUGGUUAGUGUGUUUGCUACCUUUAUACAACAAAUGUUCUAAGCUAUCAUUGUAUUGUAUUGAACGUGUUAAAAUGCACAGUUGUUCUGAACAGGAAAACAACUGUUUAUGAUGUAUCUCUGUUGAAAGAGAGUGAGAGCUGAACGGUGAUUAGAGGGUUUCUGAAUAGAGUUAAGGUGAGGUUGAUAAUCAGUCAGAAUGAUUUCAGACAAUCUCAACUGCACACAAGGACAGUUCUUGUACAACAAGACCGUUACUAUAGUAGCUAUUAUGAUUAUGCAAUUCUUUCACCAUUAGCUUUAGGUUUGAACCCUAAAUGACUUCAAUAUGUUAUCAACCUGUCUCCAGUCUUCAUGGUCUACAGGCUUAGUUUUGAUGUCCUGCUUUCUACAAUCACACACAGGUGCAACUUUACUCAGGGGCCUUCUCCUUAUCAGCAACCUUCGCCCCUGGACCUUAUUAUUCACAUUCUGGUGUCAUUAUGUGUCAUUAUGGGCCAUCUUUAUAGGUUGUGUACAGUUAUAGGCUGAGACCCAAAUCAAACACUUUAAGUUUUAAUGUCACAUGCACAAGCACAGUGAAAUGCUUUUCUUGCUAACUCAAACCCCAACAAUGGGCUUUCAAUAACAACAUAUUAAUAGAAAAAAAACACAUUUACAUUUACAUUUUAGUCAUUUAGCAGAUGCUCUUAUCCAGAGCGACUUACAGUAGUGAGUGCAUACAACACGAGAAAUAAGAAUAGGAAUUAUGAACUACACUAUCAAGUAAGCGUACUAUAUACAGGAAAUAUUUAAAAAGUCAGUUAAUGUUUUAUUUCUGUAUUUCAUUUAUGAUUUUCUGAUUCUCUCCUGACCAUGAACUGACUUUAUAUUGCCCUGUGGAAAGUAUAUUUGUACAUGUAUUGUAGUCAUAGUAAUGAUUUGAUAGUCAGUAGUAUGGAUGAGGCAUGCAUUGAUAUAUAUCCUUAAGACCAAAAUGGGACCGUUCACAGCAUCUCAAUGUUUCAGCUUGUUUGAAUGCUUUAUUAUUGUAUUAUUACAGAUUUUCCAUCUAUAAAGCAAAUGAGGGCAUACUUAUUGUAUAGUAAUGAAGUUGAAUAGAGGUUAUUAGUGUGUCAGUGCACAAGGAAAUUAAAUAGUAGUUGAGUUUUAUAAGAUCUUUGUACUCAAAUGGGGGGGGGGGGGGGAUUAUCAAUAAAAACAUUGAAUUGUCUGAUUUGUCAUGGUGAUAACUUGUUAGACGAAAUAAAACAAAUCACCUAAAUGAUG